AUGUACUCAGUCACAAAGAAUUUUUGCUAUGAAAAUCCAAGUAGCGCAUUACACACGGGAAGACCGGCCGUAAACGAUUUGCUCUCAAAUCCAACACACACGGUUAAAUUAUUCCCUGCAACUCAUAUCGAGAGUAUUCCACAAUCUUCGCCAGGAGACAUCCCAACAGAAAUUCAAAGACUCUGUACAUGGGCAGCACAUGUUUGGCAUCAUGGACAUACAAGCAAUCCAAUCUCUGAUGAAUCGAAAGACUCUAUCUAUAGAAGAGACGAGUGCAAAGAUGGGUGUGUUGGCUAUAUCUACUCUUGGACUUGUAAAAAAGGAUGGAAAUCUGGUCAUGUAUUCGUAGACGUUUCAUGUGGAAGUAAAUGCAUAACUUGCCCUGGGAGUAGCGGUUCAAAUUCCCCCACCUCGAUGCCUAAACUUCAAAGUAGAGAUGGUGCGAGAGCGGGAGAUUGUUAUACAUGUGAAAGUGAAAGAUGGAUGGCCGGAACCACUAUGUAUAGAGUGAAAGACUCUGUUACAUUGGGAUCUGGAAGAGCUACUGUACUUGAGAGAGUUCAAUAUGGGAUUGGAAGGCCUCUGGUGUGUGGAUUAUGA